CCAAGCUUCUUCCACUUCAUCAAUGCCGACUACAAAACAUGCAGCGCAUCCAACAGCGGAAUGACGAAAAGGUAGCCUUGGCUUGACCCGCUGCCAGUGGCAGAGAUGCAAAGCAGCAAGAGAAUGGAAACAACCACGAUGGAGUCGUCAAGGAUUUUCGUUAAGAACCUGCCGCCAACCAUCUCUGAGGCUGAGUUCCGCAAACACUUCUCGGCCCAGGGGCGCGAGGUCACCGAUGUCAAGCUCAUCCCCCACCGUCGCAUCGGCUUUGUUGGUUACAAAUCGCACGAUGAUGCAGCCAGGGCCGUCAAGUACUUCAACAAGUCCUUUAUCCGCAUGUCCCGGAUCGCCGUCGACCUGGCCAAGCCGAUUGCAGACUCGAUCCCAAGGCAAACCCCAAAGGCUACCCCCGGUAAUGGCAUCGCCACGACAUCUUCCCCAGGCGCUGGUGCUCCCAGGGUAGAACAUGUCGAGGAAGAGAACGCCAAGAAAAGAAAGCGGGCCGACCUCGAUGAGGCUGACCCGAAGUUGCAAGAGUAUCUUGAGGUCAUGGGCCACCGUACCAAAAAGCCGCGAGACAAAGGAACGCUCAAUGGCGGCCUAGAGUCGGACUUGACGACUGCGGUGCCCCCUGCUGUCUUCGAAGCUGGUGAAAGUGACGAAGAGUAUGAGGAGAUCCCGGCACGCCGCUCGAAACAGCCCGUCCAGGGGAAUCCGGCUCGCUUGGACGCCACAGCCGCCCCAGUAACGGAUGGCGAAAACCCUGCAGCCGCCCCGAGGGUCGAGUCCGCCCCGAGGGUCGAGUCCGCAAGGGAAACUACGCACGUGUCCGCAGAUGCAACAGACGAGGACUGGCUCCGGUCAAGGACGAGUCGUCUACUCGAUCUCGUGGACCCCGAUGAUCCCGGGUUUUCCGCACGGCCCCCGCCACCCGCACCUGCACCUGUACCUGCAUCCGCCCCCGGACCUGCUGCCUCGUCGGCGGCUGAGCCGCAAGAGUCGCCAUGCGACGGUGGUGCCUCCGAUUCGAAUGAACCGAGUGGGGCGGCUCAUGCCCACACUCUCGCAGAGGUUGGCGAAGAUGCCGCGAAGCUCGUGGAGAAAACCGCCAGGCUCUUCUUACGGAAUCUCAGCUAUACUGUCACGGAAGACGACAUCAGGGAACAUUUUGGCAAAUUCGGGGUUCUUGAAGAGGUGAACCUCCCUCUGGAUGCCCACGGCCGAGGCAAAGGUUUCGCCAUGAUUCGGUACGAACAGCCAGCGGCAGCCCUCGCCGCAUUCCAGACAGACGGCUCAACCUUCCAGGGCCGAAUCAUCCACAUCCUCCCUGCCGCUGCGAAACGGGAGCACAAGCUCGACGAAUUUGCAAUUUCCAACCUGCCGCUCAAGAAGCAGCGGCUUCUCAAGAAAAAGGCCGAGGCCGCGUCCAGCACCUUCAACUGGAAUUCGCUCUACAUGAGCCAGGACGCCGUCAACACAGCGGUGGCAGAACGACUCGGCGUGUCCAAACACGAGCUUCUAGACCCCACGGACGCGUCUGCCGCAGUGAAACAGGCAAUCGCUGAGACCACAGUGAUUCAGGAAGCUAAGACCUACUUCGCCGCCCACGGCGUGAACAUCGAGGCGUUCAAGUCACAGCAACGAGGUGACACGUGUAUCCUCGUGAAGAACAUACGAAAUGCCUCGAUCGAGGAAGUGAGGAGCCUCUUCGAGGAGCACGGUUCGGUGCUGAGGGUAUUGAUGCCACCAAGCGGUACAAUCGCCAUUGUCCAGUUCUCGCAGCCGGCAGCCUGCCGGGCGGCGUUUGCCAAGAAGGCCUAUUCUCGGUUCAAGGACUCGGUUCUGUUCCUUGAGAAAGGCCCGAAGGGACUCUUCGUAGACAAUGCGGCGCCAGCGGAAGAUCGUCCCGCCGGGGUUCAAAAGCCGUCCGUUGCCGAUUUGCUGGCACGCGAUGACGCUGAGGAUCAGCUCGAGACGACGUCUCUAUUCGUCCGCAACCUCAACUUCUCCACCACCAGCGAGGGGUUGGCCAAGGCUUUCCAGCCCUUGGACGGGUUCGUGAGUGCGAAGGUCAAGACCAAGACUGACCCCAAGAGGCCUGGUCAGGUGCUCAGCAUGGGCUUCGGCUUCUGUGCCUUCAAGAGCAAGGAACAGGCUCAAGCGGCUCUCAAGGUCAUGGACGGCUACGUGCUUGAUGGACAUAAGCUCGUUGUUAGGGCCUCGCAUAGGGGCCACGACGCGGCUGAGGAGCGCAGGCGCGAGGACCUCGCCAAGAAGGCGGCGGCGCAGCGGACAAAGAUUGUCAUCAAGAACCUUCCAUUCGAGGCUUCCAAGAAGGACGUCCGCAACUUGUUCAGCGAAUAUGGCAAACUGGUUGCACUUCGCCUCCCCAAGAAGUUCAACCACACGUCGCGCGGUUUCGCGUUCGCCGAGUUUGCAACUCCCAGGGAGGCGUUGAACGCCCUGACCGCGUUGAAGGAUACCCACCUUCUAGGACGCCGGCUGGUGCUUGAUUUCGCAGAGGCCGAUGAGGUUGAUCCCGAGGAGCAGAUCAAAGCCAUGGAGAAGAAGAUCCGGGGACAGGUGAACAAGGUCACGCUGCAGCAGCUGACAGGAGAAGGGAGGAGAAAGCCUCGCACGCCUACCCCGAUGCGCCUGAUCGGUUCCUGUCCCGCCGCGGUCCUGAGACGUUCCGCGCCAACCCGGCGAGGUUGCGCAGGCUUUCCAUGGGGGAGGGGGGGCCACCUUGCACGGUUUGGAUGCCCUUGCGUUCCAGUUGGCUCCUCGUUGGAUACGUCCCGAAGGGCUGGGCCAACAAAGCCCGGCUGGCUCCGACCCGAUUCUGCAGCCGCUCUGGGUGCCGGCAGCGAGGCAAUGAAACUACCAGGCAGGCUUCCGGUUCUCCCGCCGCAGUGCUAUUCACCAUCGCCGGACCAUGGGCUUGACGGCAGCCGCCGGGGAACAUCAAGCUCGCGACAGCCUCUCCAGGAGUCGACGGGCAAUAUCCAGCAUCCUCCCAUGGUCUGGUAUGCCCAGCCAUGGGAAGCCCUUUCGUCCAUACCACCGUCGAUGCCGGCGCCGCCUGUCUUGCGAACACAGUCUCUCGGUCCUGGAUACGGCGCCGCAACGGCAUACGCCAGCGCCAGCACCGGGACCAGCGCCAGAACCCAGCAGCGACACGACCUCCGCCUGCAAAGCCGGCGGAGGGCGCAGGGGGUCAACCCCCUGAUGCCCCUGCUGACGCAGGCCUUCCAGAACUACCGGAAGAAGCAGGCGGGCAAGUCGGACCAGAAGUGGCCGGAAGUGCUGGAGGGGCCGUUCCUAGACGGUGAGCCCAUGGGCCGCAAAAAAUACACCAUGAGGCAAACACAGUACGGCCGCAACAUGCUGAUUGGCGAGUACUUGUGGAUUGCAUACUGCCAAAGCCUGCCGCCCGGUGCGGAACCAGAUCCGCAGAUGGCCCGAGGGAGGAAGAUGGUAUCGAGCCACAUCCAGGUGCUCAGGAAAUUCUUCCCCAACCAUCGAUGUUUCCACUUUUUCUUUGGCCAAGGACCAGACGACAAAGACGGAGACAGCAUCGAGACGGCGUCGCUCAAGAACAACCCCGUGCUGAUUGCUUUGUCCGAGGGCCGCCUCCCCGACGAGCGGCCCAACUACGAGUACCUCGCGCAGGUCCUGGCUUUGGACGAGCAGGUGCAGUUCAGGCCGAAGCGCUGUUGGAUCUUCGUGUCGCACGAGGAUGUGGUCGUUGGCGAGGACAGGACCGGCCACCUGCGGGCGACGGGCGCCAGGCUCGGCGAGGCCGAGUACCCGCAUCUGGGGCGCAACCUCGAGCGGGAAACGUGGGCCAAGGAGGAGCAGCAGUUCUUCAAGGGCGCGCUGCUCCACGAGUUCACCAAAGAACUGCAACAGGUAGAGUCGAGCAGCGUCCGGGAGCUCAGCAAGCAGUGGGAGUCGGCGUUCCCGGCCCUGCACCAGAGGCUGAAGGCCAUCACGUCGACAACCACGGACGCCCGGUGCGACAUCCUGCACAUGCACGCCACGCUCGAGCUGAAGGAGAAACGCCGGUUCCCCAGCGGGUCGAACCUCAGCUCGUGGGUCGAGAUCAACUUGGAGCAGCCGCGUCUGCUCAACCACCGCUGGAAGGUAGAGACGCGGCUCGUGAGGCCGCCCGAGCUCGGGUGUUCGCACGACGGCUCGGCUCCCGAGGUCGUCUACGAGCCGGCCAAGAGAGAGUUUACGAUCCCGUACCAGCACAGGCCCGGCUGUGACGGCCGUGGACAGUGCGACUGUCUUGCACAGCGUUGCCGCCGGGAAGGCGUCGUCGUCCCGUUUCCGGUGCCGUUCCCUGCCGAAGUCUGGGCGCAGACCCUCACCAACUGCGCCGAAUACCCAGCCCAUCCAUUUAGCGAUAGCAAGAGGCAUGACAGGGAGCGAGACCGCGCUGUCAAGGCAGAAGAGGACGACGGGGAAGCCCCCAGAUCCCGUCGCCGCAGCAAGCAGCCCACCCAGAUGGACUUGGUGCCGAAGAUUGCGAUGAUGCAGGAGAUCUGGUCCUGUCCGCCGCCCUCGUCGCCCCUCGAAGACGGCAGCAGCGGCUCGGGCAGUCAACGAUGGACGCGCCGCGCCGUAAUCCUAUGGACGUUUGCGACGAUCCACCGCAUCGAUGACGGCAAGCUGAUCACCGCGCCCGGGGGGAAGACAGACUGGCGCUUCCUGACGAUCCUUGAUCCUGCCAGCGAGUAUCAUCAGCGCCGUGCCAUCAUCAGCGGCCGGAGGAGUUCUGCCGAGGAAUACCAAGAAUCCUCGAGCAGUAACACGGGUGCUUCGCGGCCGGCGUCCCGCGAUGCCAUCGUGUCUCCCCGUCCGACCUACCAGCCGCAUUUGAGCGCGAGCAUGAGCGAGAACUUCUCAGCUGCGUGGGACAGCGCGGCCGGACUUGGCUCCCUGACCGGGCCGGCACCGCAGGCCGCCUACGGCGCUCAUUUCAUGUCGCAAACGAUACCGUCGCACGGCACGGCCGCCCAGGGCGGGUACGGCCUCCUCGACAGCUUCAGCAGCCACAGCGGCCUGGCCACGCCUCCCCCGAGCGCGUCGCUGGCCAGUUCUUUUGCGCAGACUUUUGACACCGCCUCGACGAGCUCUGAUAUCGUACCGAGCUACAUGGCCACGACGGCCGGCAUCGACGCCGGUUCUCACGCGCUCGGCGACACGCUCUCGGUGGCGACCGACCCUUUCCUCGCCCACGUAGGCGUCACGUAUGGCGAGACCCACGAUGGCAUCCACGGAUGGCCCGGCCACGCUGGGGGGUUAGAUCCCAGCCACCACGCCUGGCCUUCUGCGUAUCCCGGCGUCAGCGCAGCACAUGCCCACAGCGAGACGAUGAGCUGGGCAGGCUCGCAGCCGCCGUCCACCUCCUCGCGCCGGGGCAGCGAGCAGCAGCAGCAGCAGCAGCAGCACAGCUACCAUUACCAAACCUAUCAGACCCACCCAGAGCGCCCGCAGCAGCCGUGGACUUGCUCCUCAACGACCAACACGGCCACCUCCGACGACCACGACCCCAGCGGCAACGGCUCCGACCGCUCGCGCGAAUGGGAGGACAUCGACAUUCCCUCGCUGCCGGGCACGGGCGCGGGCGCGACGGUCGAAGACGAAGGGUGCUCGGCGCCAUCGCCCGCGCUGGAUCGCCACCAGCAGCAGCAGCACAACCGCCACCACCAUGUCGCUCACACUCUCCAUCAUCAUCAUCAUCAUCCUCAGCAGCAGCAGCAGCAGCAGCACCUCCCCCAACACAACCACAACCAUUUCGGUGUCGAUGUCAACGCAAGCAUGCUAAGCGGGGGCGGGAGCAGCAGGGACGGCGGAGCCGAGACGUUUCCGGCGCCGCGGGUUCCGGAAGGCGCGGGGGCCGGGUUGAAGCGCGCUAGGGCGGAGAGUGAUGAUGAUGAUGAUGAUGGGAAUAAUGGUGCUGUCGUUGGUGGUGGGUUUGCGGAUGCGGAUGGGGAUGAAGAUGAGUCGGGAGAUGAGGAGGGCCUGGUGGGGAGGAUGCCUGUGGCUAAGCGGGCCAGGACUGAGGGGAUGGAGGGGGUUGGAGGGGGGUAUCGUUUGGGCAGGGCCAGAUGUUAAUGAUUUUUCUUUUUUCUUUUUCUUUUUCUUUUUCUUUUUUCGGCUUGUCUUUCUUCUCAAUGUUGUCUUGUUUUUUUUGAGCAUUGGGUGAUGAUGGGAUACACUGGUUGAGGCGUUUCAUACAGGUUGCCAUGCCUUGUUGGUUCCAUUAGGGGAGCAUUGGACAUGUGUUAAGAGGAGCAUUCACCAGUAGCUACGGGCACCGCUUGGCUGGGGUAGUUUAACGUCUGUCUUGACUGACU